AUGUCUAUGAAAUAGGGUUCCAAUCAGUACAAAAAUAAAAAACUAACUGAUUACUUUAGCUCAAAAGAUUCAAAAAUUAGUGAUAAAGAUUAAUUAGAAGAUAAGCCAAUGAAGAAAUCAAAAAAUUAAGUAGGCAUGAAGAGCAUUUAGUCUACUAACUCCAAAUCAGAUUCAGAUACAGAAAUAGCAGAAGAAAUAAAAAAAUCUAGCUCAAGCUUAGAUGACUAAAAAAAUAAAUCCCCUUCUAAGCAUGAGAUAAUUGAAAAGAAAAAUGUUGCAAAUACAAUCCAAAAAGUGAAUGAUACUAUUGAGUAGUAAAAUAAGAUCCAACAAGAAGAAGAAUAAAAGUAGUCAAAUGAGUCAAAUAACUAAUCAAUUGAAAAAAAAUAACUUAGAAGCCACUCUUAAAAGCUAAAGAAUCUUUAAUUUUAUUUAAAUAACUUAUAAUCGAAUCCUAAUGGUGAUUAUAUUCAAAAUAUACUAGAAAAAUGGAAAGGUAAAUUUAAGCUCCUUGAAACUCAUCAUGGAUACGUGCAAUGGCUAUUUCCGAAUUUCUUUUAGUCAAGGUUUAACAAUGGGUCUGAUCCUCUUCAACAAGAAGAAGCAGAGGAAUUCAUUAAAAAUCCAGUUAUAGCUAAUAGAUUAAAAAAGGCUUAUGAUCUCAUUUAUGAGUUUUUUGGAAUGAAAAUUGUUAACAAUAUAACAGGCGAAGUCUAAAGAGCUGAUAAUUAUAAAGAGAGAUAUCAUGAAACUUUUAUUACCAGUUAUCAUAAUCACAUGAGGAUAAGAAGAAUACUUUGUCACUUUAAUAAUGUUGGAUUUAGGAGAUAUGCUAUUUCUCUUGUUAAGUUUUUAGAAAAAGAAAUUUAUGGGGAAAAGGGUUAUUAAAAAUUUGCAGAAGACAAAAGACCUCUUGUAUUAAAAUGGUAAGAACUUCCUUAAACAAUACCAUUAAGAUAACUAUCUAGAUUGAAAGUUUUUGAGGAAUGGUAAAUAUAUGGGGAAAUAGAUGAAAAUAAUUAAUUAUAAGUAGAAACCUUAUAGGAUAACUGCUUUGCUACUAUAUAGGAUAUAAAAAGAGAGUCAAUUUACUUAAGAAACCUGAAAGAAGCAAAACAUGGGGUACAUUUAUGA